AGUAUGUCUGCUGGGUUGGACAUUUUGACAGUAUUUUCUGGUUGUCGCAUCGGCCUUGCAGAUUUUGUUGAAUAUCCCAGUGAAAGAUGGAAAAUCCGGAGAAAGAACCCACGGAUCAGAUGACUGAAUUAACACAGCAAAUCGACAGAGGCCUCAAGAUCCUUGAAGGCUUCCAGAUAAAUUGGAUGAUUGUCCGGGAUGCAGACACGGGGAAUAUUAUUUGGCAAGAGAAUAAGGACUUCUCAUGUCCGGACGUAGAGCACGAAGCACGAGUUCCUGUUAAAAUCCUCGAUUUGCGAGCAAUUUCGCGGGAGAUCAAUUUUAGCACGGUGGAAGCGAUGGAAAACUUCCGGCUGGACCAAAAAGUCCUCUUCAAGGGGCGAAUUAUGGAAGAAUGGUUCUUCGAGAUGGGCUGGGUGAGUCCCAAUUCAACCAAUACCUGGCAAUCGACCAUUGAAGCUGCGCCAGAGAGUCAAAUGAUGCCCGCCAAAGUUCUCAACGGAAACGUAACAAUUGAGACUAGUUUCUACAACGGUGAUAUCCUUAUAACGAAAUCCGUGGUCCGACUGUACUACGUGUAAUUCACUCAGUGUCUCUCGACUUGGGGGCUCUUCAGGGCUUCCCUGGCAUUUUAUUUGGUGUUUGUGUGUAUUUUGCACCUGGAGGAACAUAAGCUGUCUUGUGAUCCACACCCUCACAAAUCAGUUGCAUUUUUAGCCCACUUCAGUCUCUCAACGAAGAAAGAAUCCUAGGGCUGUCUAGUCCCACAUUCCUAACACAACGACUUACAAGGACAAUGGAUAAGGAUUUUGUGUUGCAACAGAAGAAUGAGAUGUAAAGAUUUCGUGGAAAAUACAGAAAAAAUAUGAAGAAAA